AGCCAGGCACGCAGUUGGGCCUCAGCAGUGCGGAGGGUUGGUCCGAAUCUCAUGGAGUCGAGCCUCGCGGGGCGUCGGGCGCUCGUCACUGGGGCGGGCAAAGGCAUCGGGCGCAGCACUGUCCAGGCGCUGCACGCGGCGGGUGCACAAGUGGUGGCUGUGAGCCGGACCCAGGCCGACCUGGACAGCCUGGUCCGCGAGUGCCCUGGGGUAGAGCCCGUGUGUGUGGACCUGGGUGACUGGGAGGCCACGGAGCGAGCGCUGGGCGGCGUGGGCCCUGUGGACCUGCUGGUGAACAAUGCCGCCGUGGCGCUGCUGCAGCCCUUCCUGGAGGUCACCAAGGAGGCGUGUGACACGUCUUUCGACGUGAACCUUCGGGCUGUCAUCCAGGUGUCCCAGAUCGUGGCCCGAGGCUUAAUAGCUCGGGGAGCCCCGGGGUCCAUCGUGAAUGUCUCUAGCCAGGCCUCCCAGCGCGCACUGACUAACCACAGCGUCUACUGUGAGCAAGCCCCGGCUGUGCCCUGCCCCCCCACCCCCCCCCAGCCUGAGCAGCCAGCUCAGGCUCCACACAGGUUGUCUCUCCUCACAGGCUCCACCAAGGGUGCCUUGGACAUGCUGACCAAGGUGAUGGCUCUGGAGCUUGGGCCACACCAGAUCCGUGUGAAUGCACUCAACCCCACAGUGGUGAUGACACCCAUGGGCCAGGCCAACUGGAGCGACCCCCAGAAGGCCAAGACCAUGCUGGAUCGCAUCCCGCUUGGCAGAUUUGCCAAGGUGGAGAACGUGGUAGACACCAUCCUCUUCCUGCUGAGUGACCGCAGCAGCAUGACCACAGGCUCCACUGUGCCGGUGGAUGGAGGCUUCCUGGCUACCUGAGCCCCUCCACCCACACACACCCGUGUUCCAUGCUGAGCCCACUUUUACCCCCACCCCCCUUCCCCAUCCCUCCAAUAAACAUGAUUCUUCUGCCCA